AUGGCCGAUACAGCUGCCACCGAUACUCUUGCUGCUUCCCCCAUCAAGGAGCGUCAGAAUUCCCUGGAGAAUGGUGCUGCCCGAUAAGACUCAGCCCUUUGGGAUAACCGGACCUUGCUAACUCGAUUGAAGCUUUGGCACAUCGUCCCGACCAAAAGGAGCUCGAGGAAAGAAACAUCCUACACCCCAGAGCUGAGAUUUCGGAACGCCAACAGGGUAGCUUCAUGCCGGUCCGGGUUACGGGAUAAGCUAACAUUGGCAUAGAACUCGCGAAAGCUAUGGCCCACAGGCCGGGCAAAGAUGACCUUGUACAGCGUACGUCUAAUGCUGUGGGCUGCACGGCUUCUUUCACUGACAAAGCUCCCCUGAGGAUCGUCAAGGGAAUAUUUUACCUCACAACGCCAAUGUAGCGCCGGCGCUCAUCGCACACCAACGGGAGUUGGAGAAGAACAUGCUCGAGCGCGAUCUCAAGGUGCUUCUACCUCUGUAUCAUCGUCGCUCUUUAUCGCUACAGUUUGCUAACAACCUGCAGGAGAAGCUUUCACACCGUCCGGAGCCUCAGGAGGUUAUCCAGAAAGGGAUCUUGAGACGUGAGUGGCUUUUUUCAACCCAGCCUUUCGGAAACCUACUGACUAGGUCCUUCCCUUAACCACACAGCCGACGAAGACCCAACCAAUCCUUGCGAGUAG